AUGAGCUCAAACGAGGAGUUUGAAGUUUCCAACACUUCCCGGAAGAUGAGCUCAAACGAGGAGUUUGAAGCUGGUCUUUUCCGACUUCCUGAGUGUUGGAAACAACUGGAACAUGAUUGGUGUACAAGCAUUGUAAUUGAGUUCUGCAAGGGCACAGAAUACCUGGAACACUGCCACAUCUCUUCCUGCCCUCAGCUGACAGAUGAAGCUGUGAAAACAAUGGCAUUUCACUGCCACAGGCUGACAUCUGUCAACAUAGGAGGUUGCCCGAAGCUAUGCACAAGAAAUAGGAUGAUUGAUAAAUGUAUCCAAUACUUGGCUCCAGCCUGCCAUUAUCUCCCCUUGGAUGUCUCAGGUUGUAUUCAUCUUGCUGACAGUACAAAAUUUCUUUGGAAAGGCUGUGAGCAACACCAGAUUCUCACAACACUGUACUGUAGAAAAAUUGCCAAACAAGCUGUCUUGAAAGACACAGCUGAACUGGAGAAACAGGAACAUAAUGAUGCUGACCAGCCUUCCUGGCAAUAUGUCUGGGAUGGCAACAUAACCACCUUCACCAAAAAACACAGAUCAGAGCCUGAAAAAACAAAUUCUUCAAAAUGAAAAAUGAACAAAUUGUGCAGCAUCUCUACAGUUCAAGGGCUUUUCUCUAGAGUAUGAAAACACCACUGUUAUUUUUUCUUAAAACUAAUCACACUUUAAUAAAAGGCUAUUUGUUGCAUUAGUAAAGAAGCAUAGCAAAUCUUUCUCACAGGAGUAUGAAUGCCUUCAAGCAAGACAGCUGCACUCAGACAGCACUGCUAACCCUCAGAUGUUGAUUCAAGCUGUCUUCAUCUUUCAAUAAUGAAAGUUUUUGUAGUCCCGUGCAGAGUAAGCAAUGAAUAAAUCUGCAUGUGUUGGAGGAUUUGUUUGCCAUGAAGGUCCUCUCCAGGACAUAAACACUGACUCCCCAGAGAACUUCACACUUGAUGUGGCUGGUACUCAUCAAGUGCAGCCUUCUUGAGGAGUUGAGAGCAGUGAGUAGGCAGUGACUACAGAUUCUUUAAUACACAACUACACCCAUACAGUUAAGCACAGUUCUCCACUUCCCAACAGUCACUUGUGCACCCAGAGCCCUCAUUCUCAUAAAACCCUCUUGGGCUGAGUCCAGCUCUCUGAACAAGCUGAUGCUCGUGUCUGCAGGUCUGAACUGGGGGCUGGCUGGCAGCUGAGAGAGCAGGAGAACCAAGUUAAAGGGAGCACAGAUGAAAAAAGUGUUAGAGUAUAAAUUUGUUCCAGUUACAAGAAUGUCUUCUCAUCAAAUGGACAAAAAAAGAUAUAUGGGCACACAAGGGAUUUGCCAUUCAAAUUCUAAUUGCUGAUAACCUACUUAUCUUCCCUUGUCUAGAGAAAAAUACAGUUUCACCUCAUUAGAGCAGAACAAGACAUUGUUCAAUGCCUUUGGGGAAACUCAUAAGGAAGGGUUUGUCCUUUUUCAACUCAUUCUUGACCUUUAUAUUAACAUUCUAGCUGGUCUCAACAUGUUUUAUCUUGGAAUGAAUAUAAUCAGUAGCUUUAGUGGUAGCACAAUUUUUCUGCUGGCUGAUUUAAACUUCUUUAAGCAAGUAACUAAACAAGUCUGAUGUUUAGUUCCUGCUAGAUUUAGAAAAUUGAUGAAUUCAAAGUCUUGAGUUUGCUUUCUUUUGAAUAUGGAACAAAUAACAUGUUUCCUUACUAUGUUCUCCCUUAAAUUUUUGCUGAUGCAGCAGUCUCAAAAAACACAACCUCAAUCUCAGAGACUGACAGGCUUUGUA